GGAAGGUGACGCGCUCCUCGCGCCCCGUCACGUGACUGUUUCCCUGCUCUCAACAUGGCCACCGAAGAUCUUCCGUCUGAAUUUGACGUCGUCAUUCUGGGCACAGGUCUGGCUGAGUCGGUGGUGGCGGCGGCGUUCUCCAGAGUCGGGCAGAGGGUUCUCCACCUCGACAGGCGGAGUUAUUACGCAGGUCACUGGGCCAGCUUCACCUUCAACGCUCUGCUCACCUGGAUACAGCAGCACCAUGAGGAGCCUCAGCCAGAAGAGGUUCAGGAUUGGUCCAGCCUGUUGGAGGAAGGGGAGGAGCUGAUUCCCCUGUCAAACUCUGACUCCAUCAGAAACCUGCAGGUGUUCUGUUUCACCAGUGAGGAAGAUGAAGAGGAGGAAUCUCCAAACACCACAGAAGAAGAGCGAGGAGGAGCUGAUGAAGACGCCGUCAGAGAAACGUCUGAGACCGAAUCUGCAGAUUCAAAGGACGAAGAAACAAACCAGAAAACAGAAGAAAGAGAAGAACAGGCCCCCCAAACCAAGGGGGAGGAGCCAGAGGCAGACCAGCCAACCCCCUCGGCUGCUCAGAGCCAAUCAGAGCCGACCAAGAAGAAGAUCAGCUACACUCAGCUGCUGAAGGAAGGACGCAGGUUCAACAUCGACCUGGUCUCCAAGCUCUUGUUCUCUCGCGGCUCAUUGGUCGACCUGCUCAUCAAAUCAAAUGUCAGUCGCUAUGCAGAGUUCAAGAAUGUCACCAGAAUACUCACCUAUCGCCACGGACAGGUGGAGCAGGUCCCUUGUAGCAGAGCUGAUGUGUUUGCUAGUCGUCAGCUGUCUGUGGUCGAAAAAAGGAAGUUGAUGCGUUUUCUGACUUCCUGUGUGGAGGAGACGGAGGAGCAGCGAGCCUACCAUGGUCGGCCAUAUUUGGAGUUCCUGUGUGACCAGCAGCUCGGCGACAACCUGCAGCACUUCCUGAUUCACUCCAUCGCCAUGGUAACAGAAGACACGCCCACAGAGGACGGCCUUGCCGCCACGCGACACUUCCUGCGCUGCAUGGGUCGCUACGGCAACACACCCUUCCUAUUUCCUGUCUACGGCCUCGGAGAGAUACCCCAGUGUUUCUGUAGGAUGUGUGCUGUGUUUGGAGGAAUCUACUGUCUGAGACACUCAGUCAGCUGUUUGCUGGUGGACAAGGAAACCAACAGGUGUAAGGGGGUGAUUGACAGCCGAGGACACCGAAUCAGCUGCAGCCAUUUUGUUGUGGAAGAAGGCUUUGUGGGGACUGAUCGUAAGCGGCUGGCCACACCCACCAGGUAUCUCUCCAGAGCUGUUCUGAUAACAGACAACUCCAUUCUGCCCGGUAACUCUGACCAACAGGUCUCUAUGGUAACGGUUCCUCCAAUAGCAGCAGGGGGUCCGACGGUGAAGAUGGUGGAGCUCUGUCCGUCCACGAUGACCUGCAUGCCGGGAACAUAUCUGGUCCACCUCACCUGUCAGUCAGUUGGCUCCGCCUUCGAUGAUCUCUCGCCGGUGGUUACCAGGAUGUUCCGCACGCCACAGUCACAUGACCAAGUGACGGGCCCGUCUGUCCUCUGGUGUCUGUACUUCAACAUGGCCGACGGCUCGGGGCUGGAGGUCGAAGGUCACGAUCUUCCGUCCAACGUGUUCCUGUGCUCCGGACCCGACGGCGCUCUGGGUCACGAGCACGCCGUCAGACAGGCCGAGUCGAUCUUCCUGAAGAUUCUUCCUGAGGAGGAUUUCUGUCCUCCGGCUCCAAACCCUGAAGACAUCAUCUACGAUGGAGAAACCACCUCCUCCACCACAGGAGAGGAGGAGAAGGAGGAAGGAGAGAGGGGGGAAGAAGAGAAAGAAAAGGAGGUGCUGGAGGAGAAGCAGAGCCUUCAGGCAGAGGAGUAAGACGUUGAUCUUCAAGACAAAACAUCCUGCAUUGCAUUGUGGGUUAAAGAUGCCUUCAUUUGUUUAAAUGUUUUGAUUUUUGAAUGUUAUUGUUUGUCUUUGUCUUAUUUAAAUAUUGUAAACAGUUUCUGUGGAAUUAAAGCUUGAACAUGAAUUCAAA